GUGAAAAAGGUCAUCGGUCAGGUCAAGCUGCAGAUCGCCGCCGGCAAGGCGACCCCGGCGCCGCCGGUCGGCACCGCGCUCGGCCCACACGGCGUCAACAUCAUGGACUUCUGCAAGGCGUUCAACGCCAAGACCGCUGCGCAGGAGGGGCUGAUCAUUCCGGCGGUCGUGACCGUCUAUCAGGACCGCUCGUACAGCUUCAUCACCAAGACGCCGCCGGCCGCCGUGCUGCUCAAGCGCGCGGCGAACAUCGCCAAGGGCUCGGGGGAGCCGAACCGGUCGAAGGUGGGCACGGUUACCAGGCAGCAGGUCGAGGAGAUUGCCAGAACGAAGAUGCCGGAUCUGAACUGCGGGAGCCUGGAGAUGGCGGUCAGAACCGUAGCGGGCACGGCACGGUCGAUGGGCAUCGACGUCGAGUCCUAG